CGAGCUCAGUUACGCGUGAUCUGGCAUAGCGCGAGUAGUGCACCCGGUGCUCAGUCUCGAAUCACUGAUACGACGUGAAGUGAUGUGUCACAAAUCAUAAGGAAAAACAUUGAUAUAAAAACAUAAACAAAAAAUAUUUAUGUUUAUAUUACAUAUUAAGUUAUUGAUAAACACAUGAUAAAUUACUGUAUAUAGAAACUACUGAUAAAUAAAUCAACAAUCGUCUCGAUUCAACUAUGUGGUUAAAGUUGUUGAUUUCGGAAUAUAUAAAUUAAAAACCAAUUAGGUUGGUUAAACAUGAGUGAGAAGGAACACACGCAAGAUUACACACCAAAAAUGAUAUUAGAGGAAAAAGAUAAUAAUAACUCAGCACCGAAUUUUCGAAAUACAGAAGAGGAAAAGACAGACUUGGAAGAAGAACUACUAAAUCAUGUAGGUAAGAGUAAAGCAAUUUUUAAGAGUCAACAGAAAGAAGAUCCAGAUUUAACUUUUGAAGAGAAAGUAACAAUUGCACGUAAUACAUUAAAAAAGAGCUAUUGUUUGUUUUUAUCGAAGUUCGGACAUUACAUGAAAGAAGAACACUUAAAGUAUUUCGAGGAACGUAAAGACAAAGGCUAUGAAAUUGCUUAUCAUAUUAAUAGAUUACAAAGGUAUUUUAACAAUUCAACAAGACUGACUGAUGUUAAGAAUAGAAGAUACCAAGCUUUGAAAACAUUAGUAGAACAGGGAGAAUACUUCAGUGAAUCUGAAAUGAUGAAACGAAAUCCAUUAUUAUACGAACACUUAGUUGGACAAUACAUGACUGAAAAACAAAAAAAAUUGAGAGACAAUAUAGAUACUAAGAAUAUUACAUUUGUAAAUCUUUUAAUGGAAAGUAUAGAAAGAGAUAGUUUAAAACAGAAACGAAUGCUACAAGAGGAAGAAGAGCAAAAUGUAUUGGAAGAAACCGAAUCGGACGAAGAACAAGGCGAUAUUUCUGUUUCACAGCGUUUAAAUUGUAACGAAGACAGGACUUUUCAAUGGGGUACACUAGUUACAUUGCAGAACAAGAUAGAACAUCAGAAUAUCCACAGGCAAAUAGAUAAAAGUCCAUGUAACAUUUCAAAAACAGAACAACAAAUACUCAAACAGGAAUUUGUGAGCAAUAUGUAUCAAAACUUUUUGGAUGGAAGGGAUACAGACUUUGAUUACAGCACAGUGGAUGACAAUGAAGCAUAUGAUAACAUAGAUAUACGAUCUCAAGACGAAGAGGACAAAUAUUUUGAUUCAGAAUCACCUGAAAAUAUAUGUCCAUCCGAAGAUAGAAAUGAAGUUGAGACUGAGGAUGAAUUGGAUAUUUAUAUGAAAUCACUGAAGGAGCAGAUCACUACAAGUACACUCUCUUUGGAUAAUCUUGUAUGUGAUGAUUACUGUAAGAUGUAAUCUUGUAUAUGUACAAUAAUAUAAAUAUGG